CAGAACACAUAAUAUUUAUAAAUUUUACAUCAAGAUUCAAGUUUAUGUUUAUUUGCAUAAUUUGAAUGAAUUAUAGGCAAAAGAAGUUCAAAAGAUGUAUAAAGUAAAUAUCUGAAAUGAAAAAGAUUCAAAUUAAUAUUUUAUUAAUAAAUGGACUCUGUAAGAUCAAUUAAGAAACGAAACAAAAAUGAUAUCAGAAUUCGCAAAAGAAAAAGUAUUUUGGACUAGAAAAAUGAAUCUUAAAUUGGUAAAAUUCAUACAGAGCCGACCAAAUAUAUGGAAUCCAAAACACCCAAAAUAUACUUCAGUUGAAUACAGAGACCGCACAUACGCAGAGUUUGCAGCAAAAUACGGUAACGAGUUUACGGGCCAAGCCGUGAAGGAUAGGUGGACAAAUAUAAGGUCUACUUUUGCUAAUUACUUAAGAAAAAUAAAGGCUAGUCAAGCUAAAAGUGAUGGGGAGGAGUACAGAGUUAACUGGCACUUGUGGGAAGCUUGUCAAUUUCUUAGAAAAGUUAAUCGAGCUGUUAAACUUCGGGUAGAGGACAUGGAUAUUGAAGAAAAAAAAGAAGUCUUCUUUACGUCAGAAGAAAAGGAUUCUCAAAAUGAACUGGACUACAACAGUGACCAAUACUCCGAUAAUAAUUCGACACAUUCAAAUAUUUCUUGUCAAGGCAUAGCGGAGAGUUUAGUAUCAGUAUUUAAAGCUGUACAAAAUGAUUCCUUUACUUUAAAUAACUCAAAAUAUGAAAAAGUGGGUAAAGCUGUCACUAAAAAGUUAAAUGAAAUGAAUUCCUUUGAAGCAGCGAAGAUGACUCAACAAAUAAUUGACAUAUUAUGCCUUUAUGAUAAGAAUAAUGUAUUGAAUCCAAACUGUUUAAAGACUGAAUGUAUAUAAAAUAAAUUAUAUUUAAAUUAUUUGUUUAA